AUGAACAAGGAAGCCGCAGGGACGAAGCAUGAAAGGGACCAGGAAGAAGAAGAAGAAGAAGAAGAAGAAGAAGUGAAGCAGCACGCUCGGGCCUCCACCAGCACUUUCGGAGACCGAGCUACCGGACACCACAGUUUUCGAAAGAACUUGGCACUCAGCAACGAUCAAUGUCCUGGUCCUCGCUCGCUCUAUUCGGAAACGGAUGGCUUCAAAGCACACGUUGACUUCAAAGCACACGUUGACUUCAAAGCACACGUUGACUUCAAAGCACACGCUGACUUCAAAGCACACGCUGACUUCAAAGCAUUCGCUAACUUUGCAUUGUGA